AUGAUGAAGAUGAAUCGUCAGAUAAACUUAAGAGUGAAAGUGAUAUUUGUUCUGGGAUUAAUAUCUCAUGUUUUUGCAACACCAACAACGAUAACAGCACCACCUGUUUCAGAGAAUCUCAUCGAUCAUGGAAAAGAUGACUUGAAGAGUAUUUUUGGCCAGUGUUUGCAUAAGAAAAAUGUGUCAAAGUGCUUGAAAGAACGUGUUAUUGAUAUCAUAGAUGAAAUCAUUGAAAGUGACAAUCCGCUAAGCGUGAACGUAUUCAAUUUGAAAAUGUCGCUCAACAGGGAUCCACAAUUCAAAGUGAAUCCAUCGGAAAGUGAUACGAGUCGUUCGUUUGAUGAUAUUAUAAGUCAGAAGCUUAAAAGCCUUCUCGAGUCUCGUGUCAUUCAGGUGAAACUCUCAGAUGAAGAGGAUGAUAGUCCUACAGAUCACAACGAAGCUCGUAAAAAGAAGGAUGGAGGUGGAAAGCAUGGACAUAUGAUGAUGAGUGGCAUGGCUUUAAUGGCCUUCUUUGGUCAAUUGUUUAUGUCUAAAGUAGCGUUUAUGUCAGGUGCAGCUUUGAUACUUGCAAAGAUUGCUUUACUUUUCUCAGCUCUGUCUAGUUUGAAGAAAUCGGGUGGAACUGGAGGAAGUGAACACGUUGUUUAUGCCGCUGACGUCGGAAAACAAGGAUGGCAACGAAGUAUUCAUGCAAUGUCACCUGUGUUGGCACAGCAACAUCAGCAAGUUUCAGAGGAUUUAGCGUACCGAGGGCAUUCAACACUGCCAACUUAUGAUGGAGUAUAA